AAAAACAAAAGAUUCGAACCACAACCUCAUUAUAUAUGACUCACAGCCGAUCAUAGCUCACCAAAUUUGGUCAAUGAUCUAACCUCAUUUUUUUUUUACUAUAAUCACAUAUAAAAUUCGACACCACCACCUUAUUACCUUAUUUAAUACCUACAUACUGAAUCAUCAUCAAAUUCUUAGAUAAAUCCCAAAAAUAAAAUAAAUAAAAAAAGUGAAUUAAUUUCACCCCACAAUCAUUUAUUUCUGCGCCUCACAAACCCUUUUUGUCAACUUCUUAUUUGCACCUUUCCCCUCAAAAGCAAACCCCCUUUUGAUUCCCCUCUCUCAUCAUGCUCCACUCCCUCCUCCACUCCACCCCCUCCUCCUCCGCCGCCUCCGCCGCCAUGUCCUCCGCCGGCAAACGCCCCGUUGACCCCGCCCCCCUCAAGCGCCCCCGCCCCCAAUCCUCCGACAACGACGACGAAGAUGACGAGGAAGACGAAGACGAAGAAAGCAAUCCACUCGCGCCGGCGCCGGCGCCGGCCCCCCCCACCGGCCCCCCCGACCCCGACUCCACGGGGCUCCGCCUCCUCAGCCUCCUCCUCCAAUGCGCCGAGUGCGUCGCCGUCGACAACCUCGACGACGCCGGGCAGCUCCUCCCGGAGAUCGCCGAGCUCUCCUCCCCCUUCGGCUCCUCCGCGCAGCGCGUCGGCGCGUACUUCGCCGACGCGCUGUCGGCGCGCAUCAUCAGCUCCUUCCUCGGCACCUACGCCCCCCUCAGCCCCCCCUCGAAAUCCCACCACCACAACCAGCUCCUCAACGCCCUCCAAAUCUACAACUCGAUCACGCCGCUCAUCAAAUUCUCCCACUUCACCGCCAACCAGGCCAUCCAGCUCGCCCUCGACGGCGCCGACCACGUCCACGUCAUCGACCUCGACAUCAUGCAGGGCCUCCAGUGGCCCGGCCUCUUCCACAUCCUCGCCUCGAAGAAUAAAAAAAUAAAAUCCUUCCGGAUCACGGGGCUCGGCCCCUCGGCCGAGCUCCUGAACUCCACGGGGCGGCGGCUGUCCGAGUUCGCCGCCGCCCUCAACAUUCCCUUCGAGUUCCAACCGCUCGAAGGGAAGAUAGGGAAUAUAAAAGACUUAAACCUAUUGGAUAUUAAGUUGGGUGAGACGGUCGUGGUGCAUUGGAUGCACCACUGCCUUUACGACGUCACGGGCAGUGACGCCGGGGCCCUCCAGCUCCUGACGAUGAUCAGGCCGAAGCUGAUCACCGUCGUGGAGCAGGAUUUGAGCCAUGGGGGCUCCUUCCUCGGGAGGUUCGUGGAGGCGCUCCACUACUACUCCGCCCUGUUCGACGCCCUCGGCGAUGGACUGGGGGCGGAGAGCGUGGAGCGCCACACGGCCGAGCAGCAGCUGCUCGGCUGCGAGAUCAGGAACAUCGUGGCCGUCGGGGGGCCGAAGCGGACCGGGGAGGUGAAGGUCGAGCGGUGGGGGGAAGAGCUCGUGAGGGUAGGGUUUCGGCCGGUUUCCCUAGCCGGGAACCCGGCCGCUCAGGCGAACCUCCUGCUCGGGAUGUUCCCGUGGCAGGGGUACACCAUGAUGGAGGAGAAUGGAUGCUUGAAGCUCGGGUGGAAGGAUUUGUCGCUGCUGACGGCGUCCGCGUGGCAGCCGUCCGAUUAGCUCCGCCGAUCGGACGGCUGUGAUGGGGUUGAUGGAGAGGGAGGGGAUCGAUUGGAUCAUGUUUUGGAUGUGAAUUUAGGUUGGUUUAAUUUGUUGUUAUAGUAUUAAUGAUACAUUGUAUUUGUUCAUUUUGUGAUAGAAAGCACUAUUAUUCUUUCAUGAUGAAAUAAGAGGAUUAGAAUAUUAUCA